UGCCAGUCCAACAUGGUUGACCUGUGAGCAGUGGUGCUACAAACGGCCGUCCGCAUUAAUUGCUCGUUUCUUCCGAUCUCGCGUGCAUCGUAUAUCGCUCGAAACCGUUAAUAUGAUAUCUUCGAUCAUCUCGCGACUCAUCAUAUUAGUGUUCGGCAAUUUGUACCCGGCCUACGCGUCGUACAAGGCGGUGAGGACGAAGAACGUGAAGGAAUACGUGAAAUGGAUGAUGUACUGGAUCGUGUUCGCGCUGUUCACGUGCGCGGAGACCUUCACCGACGUGUUCUUCAGCUUCUGGUUUCCGUUUUACUAUGAGAUCAAGACUAUCCUGGUGAUCUGGUUGCUGAGCCCGGCAACCAAGGGCUCGAGCAUUCUCUACAGACGUUUCGUCCAUCCAGCUUUAAUCCGGCGUGAGGCUGAGAUCGACGAGGCUUUAGCACGUGCCACAGAGCAGGGUUAUUCCGCAGUGUUGCACCUUGGAUCGAAAGGUGUGAAUUAUGCAACCACGGUUCUCAUGCAAACCGCGAUCAAGCAUAUCCUGAAGUCAGACAGAAUCAUGAUGGCUGAGCUACCAGCGAUCCAAUCGGCCUCGGCGGUUUCUAGCUUGGCCAGGCCACCAACAACAUCGACAACGAAGGAAAACGUGGACCAGAUGGACGACGGUGUUCAGAAACCGACGAGCAGCCCACCAAAAACUAGAUCAUCCAUCGACUUGAUCCCCGUCGAAUCGAUACCCAGCUUCGACAACGAUCUGAACGACGUGACGGACGACGAGCUGGUCGAAAUAAAUCGCGUGGAGCAGGAAGCGUUCAAGAUACCGCCGCCGAAGAGAACGUACAAGUCGCGGAGAACGACGAAGAAGAAAGAGGCGGGCAGCACGAGGCAGCUCAGGUCACGCACUCGCGACGCUGAGUCGAUGUUCAGCGACGACGAGUUGGAAGAUCUGCACGCAUCCACCUUGAUGGAGUACUGAA